AUGGUGUCGAAACAUUUCGAGGCAGGCUAUCCCAACACGACAGGGUUCCGGAAGGUAGUCAAAGCGACUAUCAUGGUAAAGAAAAAGGGAGGCAUGUCCGACGAAGACUUUAUACAGUACUACAACAACCACCAUGCACAGCGAGCGGUGCCUAUAUUGCAGCGACAUGGCAUCAUUAGCUACAGUCUUACUUACCACCUGGGGCGCGACAGAAAGAUGAUACAGGAUAUCAUGCACAACCAAGCACAGCUACUAGACUACGACGCCAUUUGCACAUUCGUGUUUCCCGAUUACCUGGCUCUGGCCAAGUUCAUGUAUGACAAGGAUGGUGCCGCCAUGAGCGGGGAUCAUGACAAUUUCAUGGACGAAAGUCAGAUGCGCAUGAUGGUGGGAGACGAAUACAUGUUGAUAGAGAAUGGAGAGAAGGUUGUGUCGUGAGGCAUCAGUAGAAAUAAUAUCCUACACCUCCAAUGGGUAUCAUUAAUUGACC